GGGCCUCUCUGUUUCCCUCUCCCUCUCAAUCUUUCCGCUACAAUGGAACUGCACGGUGGAGUUUUAGAGGUGCUUCUCGUUGAUGCUGAAGGCUUGAAGAAACCACAUUUUCUGGGGACAUGCGAUCUUUAUGUUGUGAUCCAAUAUGGUGACCAGGCAUGGAAAAGCAAAGUUGUUCAAUUGAAAAGCAAGGCCGCAAGGUGGAAUGAGAAAUUCAAGAUCAAAAUUACAGGCUUGGAUGAAGGGCAUGCACACAAGCUUGCCUUGAGAAUUAUGGAUGCUGACAAUUUCGCAAAGACCUGCGUUGGAGAAACAUUGAUACAUUUAGGAGGGAUCAUCACAGAAGGCAAUGAGAAAGGAAGCAUGGAAGUGAAAGCAGCUCCGUACAAUGUUGUACUGAAAGAUCUCAGCUACCAUGGGGUGAUCAGAGUUGGUCUAAAAUUCACUGCUAAUGUAGACAACUUCCAUGAGCUUGAUCCACCUUGUUCUUUAACUUUACUUCCUUUUUUGCUCAUGGCUCUUCUAGUUAAUGAUUUUUCCUUUCUCCGUGACAGGCAAGUUGGAAUUUUGACUCCAAUGACAUUCAAACCUUGGACGCCUCAAACAAGGUUGUGCACUUUUGCUAGCUAUCACAUCAAAAAAUUAAUCGUUCAUAAACUGAGGUUUCAAAGCUAAAUAUAUGGAGUGUGCUCAUGUGCAUCAAACAAGUGCGCCUGUGUGUGAGUGUGCCCCAGAGAGGGAAAGAGUCCACCCAAAACAAGUUAGCUUAAUCAUGGCUUUUUCACCAAGGAAUCUUUUUUGUUUCUUUCAAAUUUCCAGGUAAACAGUGCUAAAGCAGAUGAAAAGAGUUUCAGGAUGCUUGAAAGACAGCCAAGAUUUAGUAUCAAAACGCUUCUGGACUUCUGGGAUAUAACUUGGAGAAAGUUUUACAAGGAAAGAAGUUCCUACAUGCUGACAGGUGCAUCAGGCGCAUCAAGAAGGGAAGCUGUUGAUUAGAAAGAACUCGAUAACUAAUCCAUGACUUGCAUAACACCCAUGCAUAAACUUGUGCACCCGCAACAAAAUAGUGCUGGUAAUAGAAAUAAACACUUGAAGAUUUAAGACAUCGGACUCCAGUAGAACAUAAUAGUAUGCUUGGAGAACAAUGGCAAACAUAUUUUCCAUUAUGCUAAUGCUACUAUAUUGCUUUCAAGGGAGUGGAAUCUUGUAUGAUGCUACUAUAUGAUAAUAAACAUGGCCACUUUAAACAGAUGAAAGUAUGUCAUAUGGAAUCAUUGACUAAUUGGUCACGAUGUUGGCUACAUACAGAUUGAGAAGGAUUGACAUUAAAGAUGCCAAUCCAUCUGGAGUGGUAUAAAAAAAAAUUCCAUCCAUCAUGCAUGGAAUGUUACAAAGAAUGCAGGAUGACUUCUAAAAUGCAGACAGAAAAAACAUCAAAUUUGAAUACGUAUACACAGUCCCAGAUAAAGUAUAGAACUUAGAAGGUUCCAAAUAAAAGUGAGUGUUAUUUACAAAUGGCCAAGUCAGCCAGCAGGUACUAAGAUUAACUUGAUCCAGUCAAUCAAAUAAACAAAUCAUGGAAGGUCUAGUUACACGAAGAGCUUCAUGAUACAAAUCAACGUUAAGGGAGUCAGAUAGUUUUUCUGAACGGAGGAAAAUAAUGUUCAAAACUUGCCUGAAUGUUGAGGUUUAUUUCCAAACCAUACCUGU